GCUCACUAUUCACCUUUAUUCUGGCCUAGUUAUUCAUUCCUCGCCAUCUUAACAUAAUGACACUGGCACUAUCACCUCUCUCUACCAUGUAUCGAUGCAUGCUCCUCGCUCUCAUGUCUCUCUUACCCAUCCCCUCCCAGGCUUGGACCCCAACCUCUCUUCCGCAAUACACAAUCUCCUGCACCGUCGGCAAUAACGCUCCUUGUCCAAUCUCCUGGACCUGCACUCCCACGCAAACAUGCGUCUGCAGUACCCCCUGUGGCGGUCUCUGCAUCAAUCCACUAUCUACCCCUCCGCCCGUGAUUCCCUGUAUUAUAGGAAACAACUCCUCCUGUCCUGCGGGUAGCACCUGUACGCCGACGAUGUACUCCACGCCGGGCUUCCCAUGGAGUGGCGAGUGCAUCGCCACUCCAACGCCGGCGCCGUCUACGAUUUGCACUGUCGGCAACAAUGCGCCAUGCUCAAACGGAAGCACCUGCACGUCGACCAUGACCUGCAGGACCGGCGUGCCCUGUGGAGGCGCAUGCAUCGCCACUCCAACCCCGGUAUCUCUCACCCCGUGCACCGUGGGGAACAACUCACCUUGCUCGCCAGGAAGCACAUGCACGCCGACUAUGGUGUGCACCACCGAGUUGCCAUGCCAAGGAGCGUGCAUUGCAACGCCCACGGUGGCUAGCACAAAGCGUCCGUGGACCACGUCGAAAAGAAAGUGACGAGGGCGGCAUUGUUGGUAUGAUUGAGGGUCGUGGGAGUAAAAAGUCCUUGGAUAGGUGUGAAGACGAAUGCGCGGGUUUGCUCGGCUGUUUCUAUCAGCAAUAGAUUAGCCGAUAUAGAUAUAACCCGAUAUAAUUGGAUUAUAUCGAGGCAUCCAAGUCGCACGGCAUAACAAGGCGCCGAUCACGAGGACAAAAGAAAUGGUAUCAUUGGAAA